AUAGUAACUAUCAAAAUAUUAUGAUUGUUUUUAUUUUUUCUAGAUUAUGGAUAAACACACCAGCAGGACUUCAAAGGUAGCUGCCUGGAUAUUAUGGAUCGUAAACUGUUUUGUCAUGGUCAUCUGUGCUUUGCUGGUGGCGCUGGGAUUGUGGAUUAUAUCAUCACCCACGUCACUAGCCUCGGUGUUAGAAGCUUCUGGAAGUAUGAUCAUAAAGUCAGUGUUUGAGGAGGCAGUAUCCCUGCAGGUUGGCAUCGCGUUGACGGCGAUCGCGGUUUUUCUGUUCUUCGUGUGUUUCAUGGGAUUCUAUGGAGCCAUCACCAGGUCACCGUUCCUACUGUUUAUGUACUCUGCCCUGGUGAUACUACUUCUGCUUCUAGAAUGUUCUCUUCUGUAUUAUUUCUCAAGCAAUCUGGUAGAGAAAGGUCUACAAGAUGACGGGCAGUGGACGCACGCGAUGCGUCUUGCAUUCCAAUGUUGUGAACAUAAUGCCUCAGAACCAGAUAUUCGGAAGCCCCCAUGGUCGUGCUGCGGCCCAGCCGCUUAUCCAGAUAACUGUACAAGCACACUUUUAUAUAAGAAGGAUUGCCACGCAUCCAUCUCGGUCUGGUUAGACCGCUAUCUCCUCCCGGUGUACACGUCUCUAGCUGUCAUCCAUGUUGUGUUGGCGUCCUGCUCUAUCCUGAGGCGGUCGUGUCAUGCAUCUCGCUCUUACAGCUAGCGAUCGCAUCGACGCGUGAACGCGUCACCCCCCAUCCCCCCUCCGCGCUCCCGUCGCCGGUGGAGUCAGACGCGCGUCACGCCGACAGUGGAGCCCACCAAUGAUGAUGUUCUCAUGCUAGUCGUCGGCAGGGCCAGGAUAGGCUGGAUAGACAAGCCUGCCACUUCAGCUUAGUAGAUUCAGCUAAACCAAAACCAAUUUAAAGAGACCGACUUUUCUGGUUGAAUAUUGAAGUGUUGUCUGAAAACUUGUUUUAUUGAUAUUUGAAGCAUUUUAAAGAAAAUAUGUAUAUCGUGUAAGAAGACUUUUUACAAGACUUUUAUUUUGCCCCUCGAUGGGCGCCAAUAUUUUGUCCCACGGUGGGGCGCCAUUAAGCAGUGUAAUAAUAAUUGUGUUAUGGUUUGCUCUAUUCAAAUUUGAUUUGUUAGUUAAUAAUUUAUAACAAGUAAAUGAGAUAACUCUUAUAAGGCAUAGAUAAGGGUGCGUGUCCAUUGAUGCGGAAAUUAGCGAAUUGAACGUGGAUUGACCAAUUAAUUUUGAUCCGUUCUACUUCAUUCUACUCAGUUAAGCCCCAGUAGACGCGUACCCUAAGUAUUUUGUCAUGGUAAUAUGUAAAUAACUUUAGAAAAUAUUUUAUUUUGUGUCCCGCUUUAGGUGCCAAUAGGGAUUUUGCUUAAA